AUCACAUGACUAUAUCGCGCGUAUAUAAGCUUUGUCACGUACGUCAUACAUGCUUUUUUCCAGUGUUUUCCACGGUUUUCGCGAGACGCAAUCGCGUUUGCACAUCUUCCGUUCCGUACACGCUAAAAUCAGACAACAACGUAGAUAACGAUCGCAACGAUGGCUAUAAAUCCUGCAAAAGCUAUACUCCAGCAUGGGAAGACCGCGUUAUUCAUAUGCGACGUUCAGGAAAAAUUCGCGAAGGCUAUAUUCCAAUUCGACAGGAUAGUUCAAAACUCAACGAAACUGAUCAACGCUCUGAAAAUUAUGAAUGUGCCCAUGCUGGUUUCCGAGCAGAAUCCGAAGUCUUUGGGGAAGACUAUACCCGAGUUUGAUAUCUCUGGAGCCAAGGGACCUUUUGCGAAGAUGCAAUUUAGCAUGUGUACUCCUGAAAUCAAUAAGGAGCUUGUGACACUUUGCGAUGGACAAAGACCAGAGUCCAUUAUACUCAUAGGCGUCGAAACGCAUGUCUGUGUAGAAAAUACAGCUGUCGAUUUGAGGCGACACGGCUACGAGGUUCAUACGGUGGCAGACUGUUGUUCGUCGCGUACUCAAGAAGAUAGAUUACUAGCUUUGAAGAGAAUGCGAGACAUAGGAUGUCACAUAACUACUUCUGAGAAUGUUAUAUUCAAGAUUGUAAGGGACGCAAGUCAUGAACAAUUCAAAAAUUUACUGGCUCUCAUCAAAACACCGACUUUGUACACAGGGCUAGCUCCUGUCUCCAAGAUUUGAGUGCUCUUAAAGAAUUAUUUUUACAUUUUUUCUAUGUGUACAUAUGUUUAUACCAAUGGGAUAUAUAUGCUACAGUCGUAAACGGUUCUAAGAAAUAAAGAGGCUAUAUUCUAUCAAAAUA